UGGUUACCCUAACAACCGGGUGCGGAGUUGGUCGGAGAUGGGCCUGAAGAAACGCCAGCCUCCUAGCCGGGCCAGUGCCCCGUUCCUGCCUCCCCUUAACCCACACCCGCCCCCCACCCGCCCACCGGGCGUCCCUGCUCCUCUCCGAAAGUUGUUCCAAGGCAAAGAAGACACGGCUUCCCCACAGGCCUCUAGCAGUGUUAAGGAGGCAGACAUGGCAUCUUCAUCAUCUUCCCAGAGAAAAAGGGUGAGUGUUAAGCUGGAGCUUUCCAAGGAGCAGAUACAGGAGAUCCGUCAAGCUUUUGAUCUCUUCGAUACUGAAGCAACUGGGACCAUUGAUGUUAAAGAAAUUAAGGUGGUGAUGAGAGCACUGGGUUUUGAACCCAAGAAAGAAGAGAUUGCGAAGAUGAUAAGUGAAAUCGACAAGGAGGGGACAGGAAAAAUGAAUUUCAAUGACUUCUUGACUAUUAUAACUCAGAAAAUGUGUGAGAAAGACAGCAAAGAGGAAAUCCUGAAAGCUUUCAAGCUUUUUGAUGAUGAUGAAACUGGGACCAUAUCAUUCGGCAAUCUCAAACGUGUAGCCACGGAGUUGGGUGAGAACAUCACUGAUGAGGAGCUUCAGGAAAUGAUUGACGAAGCUGAUCGAGAUGGAGACGGGGAAGUCAAUGAACAAGAAUUCUUGCACAUCAUGAAAAAGACCAGCCUUUAUUGAGAGUAUUCUCUCCUACUCUAAGCACACACAGCUAGUUUUAGUGCCUGUUAUUGUGUGAAACCUGGUUUUUGAGAACACAAAUGUUUUCCCCCACUAACCUCCCUGUUAUAGUUUAGUAAUAACCUCACAUCCGUUUUCAACUUUUGCAAGUGUUCUUUGACAAUAAGUUCUUUGUGAAGUGACCUGCUGCUUCCUUUAAUUCUCCAAAAAAGAACAAGAGCACAUUAGAGCUUUCACUUACUUUGCCAUUCUAUCUUAUAUUGCUCUCGCAGUCCCACAUUUACACCACCACAGAAAGACCUCAGGAAAAUACAUGUUGUAACUUUGUCACCACAAACAGCAGGCAUAUCUCUACUAUGGUUCUACCUUUCUCUUUUAAAAAAUCCAGUGAGCUCUCUCACUUGCAUUUGGAUGUGUUUUUUCUAGUUGUUUUGUCUUAAAAUAAAGCAUUUGUUACUUUGA